AUGGCGCAAACCACUACCCUCAAACAAUUCGAGUCCGUCUUUCCCACGCUGGUGGAGGAUCUCCUCGACCAUGCUAAGCAAUACAAGCUCCCCGAAGCUUUUGUCGAGUGGUACAAAGCUUCCCUCAAUGCCAACACCAUCGGCGGAAAAUGCAACCGCGGAAUGUCUGUCCCCGACUCCGUCUCUCUCCUCCUCGAAGCGCCUCUCAGCGAGAACCAAUACUUCCAAGCCGCAACCCUGGGAUGGAUGACCGAGCUGCUGCAGGCCUUCUUCCUGGUCUCGGACGACAUCAUGGACAGCAGCAUCACUCGUCGCGGCGCCCCUUGCUGGUACCGUCAACCGCACGUCGGUAUGAUCGCCAUCAACGAUGCCUUCUUGCUUGAAAGCGCCAUCUAUACCCUUCUGAAGAAAUACUUCAAGACCCACCCGUGCUACGUCGACCUGAUCGAGCUCUUCCACGAGGUCACCUUCCAGACCGAAAUCGGCCAGCUGUGCGACCUGCUUACCGCGCCCGAAGAUAAGGUUGACCUGGACAACUUCUCGCUUGCGAAAUACCAAUUUAUCGUCAUCUACAAGACCGCAUACUACUCCUUCUACCUCCCCGUCGCCCUUGCAUUGUAUCAUCAGAACAUUGCGACCCCCAAAAAUCUGAAACAGGCAGAGGACAUUCUGAUUCCACUUGGCGAGUACUUCCAAAUCCAAGAUGACUACCUGGACAAUUUUGGCCUUCCCGAACACAUUGGCAAGAUCGGUACCGACAUCAUGGACAACAAGUGCUCGUGGCUCGUCAACAAGGCGUUGGAGAUCGUCACGCCCGAGCAGAGAAAGGUGCUGGAAGACAACUACGGCCGCAAGAACAAGGACAAUGAGGCGGCGGUCAAGAAACUGUUCGACGAGCUGAAACUGGAGCAGAUCUACAGAGACUACGAGGAGAAGCGCGUAGGCGAGAUCCGCAAGAUGAUUGAAGAGGUUGACGAGUCGGAGGGCUUGAAAAAGACAGUGUUCGAGAGCUUCCUGGGCAAGAUCUACAAGCGCAGCAAGUAA